GAAGAAUCUGCGUUCUCUAUCUAUUUAUCUAUAAGUGGCUGUGCUGCUUGAACCCUAUAACCUUUUACUCUCACAAGCUCAUCUAUAGAUAGAACAAAAUGUGCUAACUGUUUUUUUUAUUUCUCCUCCUCUCUUUUAGCUGAGUCUUUUGUGCCUCUUUCCAUUACAAAAAGUUCUGAAGGGAUGACUAAAGAAGAUGACUUUAAGCUACUCAAGAUACAGACUUGUGUUCUUAAAGUGAACAUGCACUGUGAUGGGUGUAAGCAGAAAGUAAAGAAACUUCUUCAGAGGAUUGAAGGAGUUUACCAAGUAAACAUAGAUGCUGAGCAACAUAAAGUUACGAUAUCAGGAACUGUAGAUUCUGCAACUUUGAUUAAGAAACUAGUCAGAGCCGGUAAGCAUGCUGAGGUUUGGUUCCAAAAGUCCAACCAAACGCAAAAGCAAAAGAAUAACUGCGACGGGAACAUUAAAAGUCAAAAGCCAGGCUCGGUCAAGGGCCUUGAGGCCUUCAAGAACCAGCCGAAAUUCCCUGCAUUCUGCGCUGAAGAAGAUGAUGACUAUCUAGAUGAUGAAGAAGAGGAUGGGGAUGACCUCAUGUUUCUCGGGCCAAACCAACUGGCUCUUCUCAGGCAGCAAGCCAUGCACGCAAACAAUGCAAAGAAAGGUGUUGGUGCCAUUGCUGCAACUUCCAACAACGGUAAUAAGAUGAACAAUCUUGUAAAUGGGAAUGCUGGAAAUAAAGGAAACCCAAAUCAGAAUAUAGGAAUGAAGGUCAAUCCAGGUGGGGGGAUAGAUCAAAAAGCCAUGGCAGCGUUGCAAAUGAAAAAUGCCCAAUUAGGUGGCAGAAGUAUCAGUGCUGGGGAGUUCCAAAGGGGAAAUGACAUGGAUGCCAUGAUCAACCUUCCAGGUUUUCAUGGAAAUGGUGCUAAUGUUAGCAAUGCUGCUGCUGCUGCUGCCAUUGCUGCAUUAGGAGGUAAUCCCAAUGGUCUAGGAGGUUUACAAGUUCAAUCCAACAAUAAUGCAGGAUUCCCUACUGGUGGAUAUGCCACGGGUCAGUAUCCAUCAUCGAUGAACAUGAAUGGGCACAACAAUCCGACAGCAGCAGCAUUGAUGAUGAACAUGCAACAUAGGAAUGUCUCGCAACCACCCCCCCAGAUGAUGUAUCACAGGUCUCCUUAUAAUCCACCUACCACUGGCUAUUACUAUAAUUACAGUCCUGCCCCUUACCCUUGCCCUUACCCUUACCCUGACCCCUACACUGAACAACCUAAUUACAAUGGUGAUCACUCUGCUGCAUCAACCGAAAUGUUAAGCGAUGAGAACACCAGCAGCUGUUCCAUAAUGUAAUGAAAGAGAAUGUAGAAAGAAUAAAAUAAGUUUGGUGUAUUGACUUGGAAAUUUUAUGUUAUGGUGGAGUUAGUGGCUUUUGACAGCAUUCUCUAGUGUCAUGGUCUUUAGAUUAGAGGAACGGGUCGGGUUGAGAUAUAGGUUUCUCAGUACUGUUUUUUUUUUUUU